CUUCUUCGUCGCCAGCCCAACACCAAGUGGCCAGAAGCUACCUCUGAGCCAUUCGGCCCCCACACUUUCUCUCUCACUCGCUAUGGCGAGUUGGAUCCGGGAUCUGGACGACCAUAUCCAACGUGGCUUUGGCCCAAGGCCAAUGACGCCAUCCCCGACAGUCGCAAGGCCGCGACCCAUGUGACGUGGAGAAUUGAGGCAAGGCCGAUAUAGCCAGUCAACGGGCACAACGGGCGACACACGGAAAUGUGAUGGUGACGGUGCAGAGAGGCGAGCGACAUCAAUGGUGCAGUGGCAGGGGCCGACGGUGAUGGUGACUGAAGUUGGCGAGCGGAGAUCGGCAAAAAUCAUAAUCAUAUAGGUGUCUAGAUUUUUUUGCCAGGUUUAUACAUAAAGUGAGAGCAAUUUAGUCACUGUGCGAGUAAGUUUUACAUAUAAAGUUAUCCCUAACAUGGUUGUUACCUUAUGGCAGCCAAGGAGACCUUAUAUGUUCGGUAAUUCAAACGAUUUCAGUUAAGCUGAAGGUUGCACAUGAAAAUGUAACUGAACAUCUAGUUGGAGUUGAUGAUCGCGUAGAAGCUAUAAUCAAAAUGUUGGAAGUGGGGUCUGAUGGUGUACAAUUUCUUGGAAUCCACGGAAUGGGCGGUGUUGGCAAAACAACUCUUGCUAAGGUCGUCUUCAACAUACUAUCUUCUAGCUUUGACGGAUGUUGUUUCCUUGCAGAUGUUGGGGAAUCAUCAAAAGGCAAUAAUGGUCUGGUAAAUUUGCAAAAAAAAUUGUUAUCCAAGCUCUUUGGUUCUCAUUCUAUCGACCAAAUUUAUCACGUGAAUGAUGGGAUCAACAUGAUGAACAGAGGAGUACUUAAAAAUAAAAAAGUUCUCAUUGUUUUAGACGACGUGGAUGAGAAAGAACAACUUAAAAGUCUAGCAGAAAAAGGUGAUUGGUUCGGUCCUAGUAGUAGGAUUAUCAUAACUACUAGGGACCAAAGUAUCCUAAUGGUUAAGGGAGAAGCAAUAGGUGAAGGCCUUGUAGAAAAGUCCGCAAACGUUUUGACUUACGAUGUACAAGAAAUGAAAUUUGAUCAUGCUCUUAAGCUUUUUAGUAGGCAUGCCUUUAGAAGAAACUCUCCACCAGAAGAUCAUAUGUUCCUUUCUGAGAAAAUUGUCCAUACUUUGGGAAAGCUCCCUUUAGCUCUUGAGAUUACAGGUUCAUCCCUUAACGGAAAACCUGAAGAAUUAUGGGUUGACACAUGGAAGAAGCUACAAGAAGCUCCUCCUAAGGAAGUCCAGAGAAAAUUGAUGAUAACUUAUGACAGGUUAGAUCCUACACAAAGGGAAGUAUUUUUGGAUAUAGCCUGUUUUUUUGUUAAUAAGGAGAAAUCAUACCCUUUCUACAUGUGGGAUGCCUGUGGAUACCAUCCACAUGAUGCCAUUGAAGUCCUCUUUCUCAUGUCCUUGAUAAAACUCAAAGGCGAUAUUUUAUGGAUGCAUGACCAAGUGCGAGACCUCGGAAGGGAAAUUGUCCGUCAAGAGAACUAUACCGAUCCCUAUGAGCAUAGUAGAGUGUGGAACUAUGAUGAAGCUUGGAGCAUUCUGAAGGAGAAAGAGGGAAGUAGGAAAAUAAAAGCAAUGUCUCUAGGAUAUUAUGGUGGAUUUCAUGGAGGCAUUUUGACAAGUGAUGAAGUUGCUCCGUUACGAAACCUAAGGUUCUUUCAAGGGAAUGGAAAGCGCCUCGUUGGAGACUUCAACAACCUUCUCCCUAGUUUAAGAUGGCUUUCUUGGCAAUUUUGCUCUAGCCAGUUUGAGGCAACAAACUUUCAUCCGGCUAACUUAAUCGUUCUUGACCUUUCAUGGAGCAAUAUUUCGGAGGAAUGGAUUGGUUGGGAACAACUUAAAGUAUGAUAUG